GCGCCCAUGUUUGACUAUUUGUUCUAAUGGAACUGUGUACAACCAUGACCACAGGAUUAUUGUUUCGUCGCCGUCAAUUAGUUUCACAGAUUUUCACUCGGUUCAAUCAUAGUAUUUCAUUCGGCUCUACAAAUCCGAAGAAAAGAGCUCUUGGACAUACGCUCCAACCUUUUGUAUGCAGUAAACGAGUUGUUGUGAAAGCAGGCAAUGGCGGUAAUGGAUGUAUUGCCUUCCGACGUACCUUUUGUAAUCCACAUAGCGGUCCUAGUGGUGGAGACGGUGGAAAUGGUGCUCAUGUAAUUUUCAAAGCUGAUAAAAAUGUAUCUGAUUUAUCAAAUAUACCCACAAUUAUACAAGGUAAUGAUGGUGUAAAUGGUUCAAUUGAUGAUUGUCAUGGAGCAAAUGCUGAUCAUUUAUAUCUACAGGUUCCGAUAGGUACACAGAUUUUUUCUAUUCAUAAAAAUUCUGUUGAAAGUCCAAAUCAAACAUCAAAUGAUACUACUACUACUACUACUACUACUAAUAAUAAUAAUAAUAAUAAUAAUAAUAAUAAUCAAUCUAUUAACUUAGUUAAAACGUUAAACGCAGAUGGUGAUAUAUUUCUAGCUGCACGUGGUGGUGCCGGUGGUAAAGGCAAUACAUUUAUGACACAUGCAACAUUAGCAACAAAUUCAUUAAAGUUACCUAGUCGUAAAAAUGCUCCAUUACGUGUUGCUGAAUAUGGUGGUAAAGGUCAAUCGUGUGAAUUCAUUUUACGAAUGUCAAAACUAGCAGAUUUAGGUUUUGUAGGAUGUCCUAAUGCAGGAAAAUCUACAUUAUUAAGAAGUUUAACAAGAGCUAGACCUAAAGUUGCACCAUAUCCAUUUACUACAUUACGACCACAUAUUGGAAUGUUACAUUUUCCAGAAAAUUAUAAUCUCACUUCAGCUGAUUCAGUAGAUGAUGAUCAUAAUCCCGAUAUAUCAAGUCGAACUCAUUCUAUCGCUAUUGCUGAUCUUCCAGGUCUUAUUCAUGGUGCAGCUGAAUAUGAUAAAGGUUUAGGAAUUGAAUUUUUAAGUUUAAUCGCUGAUUGUUCCAUACUAGUUUAUGUCAUUGAUUAUGGAACAUUAUGGUGUAAUUAUGGUGUAAAUCAAUUGGAUGAAAUUGAAAAUGAACUCACUGAUCAAUUAUCUAUGCUUUAUUAUGAAGUGACAACUUAUGAUAGAAAUCUUUCCAAUCAAGAUAAAUGUAUUAUACUAGGUAGUAAAUUAGAUUUAAUUUUUCCAAAUAAAAUAGAUUCAAGUGAAUCAAAUGUUAAUAAUACAGAGGAAAAUGUUCAACUUUUUAAAAAAUUACACCAUAUAUUGUAUAAAGCUGCUUGUUCGGUUACUAUCAUUAAGGAUACACCAGAAAGUAUAGAUCAAGUAAUGCUUGUUUCAGCCAAACGGGGUGAUAAUAUUCUUCACUUGGCAUAUAAACUUUGGAAUUGUGUACAGAAUUUAAAAGAUAAAAAGAACUAAUUUUGUUCUCUGUAUAGUUGUACAUUCUUACAAACAUAUUUUUUGUAUGAAAUGUUUAUUCGAUCUUUCCUAUGCAAAUACUAUUGUAUAAAAAUGACUAUGAAUCUUAAUUAAAAGGGAUUUAUACUCAACUUUUGUAUUUUAUUAACUAUUAAUAAUUAAAACUACACUUGAGUGCUCUCACUAUUUAAAUUCUGAGGAUCGUGGAUUCAUUCACGUUAUACCGAGGUCUGACCGAAUUAUACUGAAGUACUUAGUAAGUCUAAAAUCAUUGGGUUGUUUAUCCAACGUAUUCGAGAUCAGCGAUCAUUAGUACACAAGAUUAUCAACUUAACCUAACUCGUAGCAGUUUGUCCACGUAGCGACUAAUUCCUCUUUAUUUGACUCUAAUAAAUGUUCCGUUAACUGAGUAUUACAAGUAGACCAAUUCUUUUAGUAGUGCUGUGAAUUCACUCGAGAAUAUUCAAAAGCCAGAACACCAGCUGCAGGGAUAGUAUAUUAUUAAUAAAUGAUAAAAUCCGUAAGCACACAGGGAGAAAUGUGUGUGUGUUAAAAAAAUCCACAUAUAUUUGUGUGGAUCGGUUUCCAGAG